GGUGGGGGGAGGUGCGGGUCUGGUGAAUGAAGCGUCCCGUGUCCCGUCUGCACAUGUUGUUGUUGCCGAACCAGAGAGGGUCUGGCGGGGUCAGAAGGGGGGCCCUGAGGACCUGGUUAAUGAUUGAGGGUCAGCUGGUCACUUAUUGACCGGAGCACCUCUUCUUCUACUGCUACUGGUCUCAGCUGGACUCAGGUCUAGAGAGAGACGAGGACCUGGAGCUCUGCAGCUACAACUUCAGCGGGAGGCACUCAUUACCUGGGACCAGGAUCCGGAUCGAGACCGGGACCAGAGACCGGCUCGGGUCGGUCUGCGGCUGCAGGGAUGGCUGCGGGGAAGCGGCAGGGUGCGGGUCCGGGUCCGGGUCCGGGUCCUCCGGACGGCGGCUGGGGCUGGGUGAUCGUGGGCUGCUGCUUCAUGGUGACGGUGUGCACGCGCGCAGUGACCAGGUGCAUCUCCAUCUUCUUCGUGGAAUUUCAGACUCACUUUGAGGCCGACUACGCGGCGACGGCGUGGAUCCACAGCCUGGUGGACUGCACCACGAUGCUCUGUGCUCCGGUCGGCAGCCUGGUGGGGAACCGCUGGUCGUGCAGGGUUGCCGUGAUGCUGGGGGGACUCUUGUCCUCGUGCGGCCUCCUCAUCAGCUCCUUCGCCACCAGCCUGGAGAUGCUCUACAUCAGCAUGGGCGGACUCACAGGUCUUGGCUUCGCCCUCUGCUACACCCCGGCCAUCGCUCUGGUCGGAUGCUACUUCCGCCGCAGGAAGGCGUUGGCGUACGGCAUCGCCAUGUCGGGCAGCGGCAUCGGGACCUUCGUGUUGGCUCCGGCCGUGACGCUGCUCAUCGAGCGCUACUCGUGGAGGGGGGCGCUGCUCGUCCUCAGCGCCUUCGUAGCCAACCUGUGCGUCUGUGGCGCCCUGCUCCGACCAAUCACCUCGCAGGAGGACGAGGAGGAGGAGGACGAGGAGGACGAAGGGAGCAAGGAGGAGAAGCAGCCCUGUGACGUCUCAUCUCAGGACACCGAACUCGCCUUAAAACUGUCCAAAGAGUCCAAAGAGUCCGAAGAGUCCAAAGAUGGCCUCUUGUCAUCUGCAAAGUCUUCGUUGCCUCUGGUGUCCCAGGUGGUUCCAGGAAAGGCCGACGGCGUCCUGAGGAGGUGGAGCUUCAGCUCCUGCUUCCUGUCCAGCAGGGAGUACCGCUUCCUGCUGAUGCCGGACUUCCUGGGUCUGGCCGUGUCCUUCCUGUUCCUGGCCAGCGGCUGCAGUCUUCCCUUCGUCUACCUGGUGCCGUACGCUCUGAGCGUCGGCGUCCACCACCAGCAGGCCGCCUUCCUCAUGUCCAUCCUGGGCGUCAUCGACAUCGUGGGGAACAUCACCUUCGGAUGGUUGACCGACAGAAGGUGUCUGAAGCCGUACCGUCUGGCCUGCUACGUCUGCUCGGUGGGGAUGGAGGGGCUGUGCUGCCUGUUCGCGCCGCUGCUCCGCUCCUUCCCGCUGCUCGUACCCUUCGCCGUCCUGUACGGCUACUUCGACGGCGCCUACGUGGCCCUGAUCCCGGUGGUGACGUCGGACGUGGUGGGGGCGCCGUACCUGUCGUCUGCGCUGGGCGUGGUCUACUUCCUGCACGCCAUCCCCUACCUGCUCAGCCCCCCCAUCGGAGGGUGGCUGGUCGAUGUCACAGGAAGUUACACCGCCACCUUCUUCCUCAGUGGCGCCGCCCUGCUGGCCAGCGCCGUCGUCCUCGCCGCCGUCACUGGGAUUCGCCACGUCCACCACCGGCUCACCGUCGCUAGGGGCAACCACCCCGUCUGACCACGGGGGUGGUGGAUUUGGAGGAAGAAAUGGGAUCCGUCGAAGGGGAAAGCGAUCAAACAUGGUUUAGAGUCCAGAGACAAACGCUUUGAACCCGGUGACGAGCAUCGACGGUUUUUAUCUGAACUCUGGACGGACUAAAGCCACAGCAGGAGCCGCCUGUACCGAAUAAACUGGACACCUUUUUACCUUUUUACUAGCUGCUACUUGUUUGAACAGAAUCUAUAUAUUUGUACGUAUUUGUGAUUUCAUUUGUUUCUGGUGCAGAACGUGUUUUAUUGACCCAGCAUCGACCCCAGUGUCACCAGUCUGGGAGAGUUCGUGGUUAACGAUGCGGCUCUGAAC